CUGUACAACAGCCACAACAAGUAGUACAGCAACCACAACAACAAAUGGUACAGCAACAACAACAUCAACCAACAGUGCAGCUGCCACAACAACAAAUGGCACAGCAACAACAACCAUCAUCACAGCAGCAACAAAUACAACAACAACAUACCAUUAAAAGUUUGAUGAAUGCAGACAAUGCAGCAUUGUUAACAAAAACUCGUUUGCGUGAACUAGUCAAAGAAGUAGAUCCAAAUGAACAGCUAGAAGAGGACGUAGAAGACCUUAUGUUGCAGUUAUCUGACGAUUUUGUCAACGAAUUAGUCAAAGCAGCAUGUGUAUUUGCUAAACAUAGAAAAUCAAAUAUCGUUGAAGUUAAAGACGUCCAAAUUUACUUAGAACGGUACUUAAAUAUGUGGAUACCUGGUUUUGGAACAGAUGAAUUGAAACCAUACAAAAAAGCACCCAUCACAGAAGCACAUAAACAACGAACAGCACUUAUCAAGAAAGUCGCCAGUAAAAAAUACUAGUUUAAAUAUCAAUUUGUUACAUGUCACCAGCAUUACUGUUCAGAAUUUCUUAAACAUUUAUUUUUGGUUGUUAAAAAUAAUACUUAAGAGCUGUUUAAUAUAAAA